ACUCGUGGAACCAAGUUAGUGACUUUUCAUUACUUGGUUGGCAGCGCUAUUCUCCCACCUUCUUUUCCGUGUGUUGUCACUCAGUAGGCUAGAAAAUGGGGGCCUACAAGUACGUGCAGGAGUUGUACCGUAAGAAACAAAGCGACGUUCUUAGGUUUUUGUUACGAGUGAGGGUUUGGCAGUACCGCCAACUCACGAAAUUGCAUAGGGCUCCGAGACCGUCCAGGCCCGAUAAAGCGCGUAGAUUGGGGUACAGAGCCAAGCAAGGUUUUGUCAUAUUCCGCAUCCGCGUCCGCCGUGGGGGCCGCAAGCGCCCAGUUCCCAAAGGCGCCACUUACGGCAAACCCAAGAGCCACGGAGUUAACGAGUUGAAACCUGUGCGUAACCUACAAGCCAUCGCUGAGGAAAGAGUUGGCCGGCGUUGCGGGGGCUUGAGAGUGUUGAACUCGUACUGGGUGGCCCAGGACUCUUCAUACAAAUACUAUGAAGUGAUUUUAGUUGACCCAUCUCACAAAGCUGUCAGACGCGACCCUAAGGUCAACUGGAUUGUGAAUUCCGUGCAUAAGCAUCGCGAGUUACGUGGAAAGACUUCGGCUGGACGCUCAUCACGUGGUAUCGGUAAAGGGCACAGGUAUUCGCAGACCAAGGGCGGUUCCAGGAAGGCUGCAUGGCUGAGGAGGAACUCCCUCCAAUUGCGCAGAAAGCGAUAAAUUAUGUAAAUUCAUACUUGUUUUGAUAACAAUAAAAAAAUCCGAGAAAUAA